AUGGUUGAGGAUGCUGGCUUUGCUUCUGAUUUUUUCUUGUCCGAUUCGACCUUGAGUGAUGUACCGAGUGACCUUGAUUCCCUCCCGGAUAGCCCUACUCCAUCUCGACGCAAGCCCGCCGUUGCAGCUGACAGGCCUGAUGGCACCAUUGAGAAUUCUGAUGAAGCUGUCAACUUUGAACCCCUACGUUGUGUCACUCCUCCAAGGGAACGAAUCCCGCCCGAAUUCGACUCUCCGUCAAAGCAUACUCUCGUUGUGAACCGCAAAAAGCCACGCACAAAACUGUCAAAGAUAUCACCCUAUUUCCCAGGCCCUCUAGUUCACGCAGACUCAUGCCUACCAUUUCCCCCAAUUGACGCCCCAGCUUUCGGGCUGAUUCAAGAACAACUCGCGCACGACCCGUUCCGUCUGCUGCUUGCAACCAUCUUCCUCAAUCGAACCCGGGGAGGAGUUGCUCUACCAGUUCUGUUCCGGGUUUUUGAUCACUACCCCACGAUUGAGGCCAUGGCUACAGCGGAACCGUCGACCUUGACUUCCAUGAUCAACUGCUUAGGUUUCCAGAAUCAACGUGCAAAAAAAUGCAUCACUCUAGCACAAACAUGGCUCGACUCUCCCCCAUGUCGCGGAAAACGAUACCGGAAGCUCAACUACCCACAAAAACUCGAUGGUCGAGACGUCAAGCCAAGGGAAUGCAUCGAUGACAAUGAUACCCGCGUGGCUUGGGAAAUUGCACAUCUCCCUGGAGUCGGCGCCUAUGCAUUGGAUAGUUGGCGAAUUUUCUGUCGUGACGAGCUACGAGGUCUAGCAAAGGAUUGGCAAGGGAACGGGGCUGCAACAGCUGACUUUGUUCCUGAGUGGAAGUCCGUGUUGCCUCAGGAUAAGGAGCUGCGCGCUUAUUUGACAUGGAUGUGGCUGAAGGAAGGCUGGGUUUGGGAUCGGGAGACGGGGAAGACAACUAGAGCUGGUGACAAGGUUAUGCGGGCUGCUCGGCGUGGAGGGACCGCUCAUAUGGAGGAAGGUAACUGGACUCUGGAGAUGUCGCCAGCGAAGCAAGUUAAGUAG